GAACUAUUUCACCAAGAUUGCUAGACUAUCAGAUGUUUAUGUGUGAUCACCAAGAGCAAUCGGCUGCAGCAUGGUUAGCCGCCGCUAUGAACGAGGUCACUAUCACCGAUGACAAUCAUAAACAAGCCUGUCGUCAGUCGCAGACCGUACAGCCACUUAGUCGGCCCAACUCGCGGGGCUUACGUAUACCCGCAUCGAUACUUAGACCGGGUUCGGCACCGGUAUCCCCGACCGGUCACAUCCCAUCCCCGCCCGUCUCACCCAACGGGGACAGCAAAAAGAUUGUCCGCUUCGCCGACUCAGCACCGGGUGGUCAGCUCGAGUGCGUCAAGUACUACGCCCUAUCAUCGGUGCCUAUCCGGCGACGAUCUCUACCACGUGCCAAAAGUUUGCCUACAGGUGUUACCGGUCAACAAAAACAUACUUAUUUCAUCAAACCUACAUUCGCCAACCCAUCGCUCCAAACGGAUCAGUUCGCCGAUCGACUCCACCGGCAGUCCGUAUGCUUGCACUCGGUGUCCACCACCGGCGCCGACAAUACCGUCUACGGCCUGAUAGCCGUACGCAACCAUACGUACGCCAAACGUGUGUCCGUCCGUUACAGUCGCGACGAUUGGUGCUCAGCGGCCGAUACGGUGGCCGACUAUAGCCACACCAGUUGUGGCGCCGAUAUGUUUACGUUUGCCAUCGACUGUAAGCCUCAAGAGUUCACGCAUGAGAUGACUACCGGUGCCCAACCUGUCGGGCCGUUUAAUCAACGCUUGCACUUUGUGUGCCGCUACGAAACGGGCACCGGUGACCAGUAUUGGGACAAUAAUGAUGGUCACGAUUAUUGCGUUAAUUUGUUGGUUAAUGAUUACGCGGUUAAUACUGAUUUAUGA